GGGCGAGAAAGAGAGAAAGAGAGAUUCUUUUUCCUUUUUUAGAAUUCUGAAUUUCUGUUUUAGAGUUCUUUUUCUUUUUCUUGAUUAGUUUCUUGUUAGAUUUGUUGGAUUUGGUAAAUGGGAAGAUUAAAAGGAUCUGGAAUAGCUACGGAAGAAACCGAGCUUCCGGGAAAAAUUUAAUCCUUCGCUGAAGUUUUGUUUGUGUUUGACGCCAGUAUGUUUAUGGAUUCCGAAAUCUCUCCUCCUUCAACAGUUUCUCUUAAAUGCUGUAGCUGCAGCUGUAGUUGCACGUUGAUCAGCAGCGGCUCUGUUACUUGGGAACGUUCCGUGAAAAGGAAGUUUGAUGAGUUUCAAGAUGGUUUCCCGAAUAUUAUAUCUGCUUUCAAUCAAUCAUCUGUCGCUCGAAUCGAAAUUGAGAACGAAUGUACUGCCCUGCGAGAGAUGGUUAGCAGCCAGCAGCAAACCAUUCAGGAGCUUUACACUGAAUUGGAGGAGGAAAGGAAUGCUUCCUCAUCUGCUGCAAAUGAGGCCAUGUCGAUGAUAUUGAGGUUGCAGAGGGAAAAAGCCGUGAUUCAGAUGGAAGCCCGGCAAUUCAAACGGUUCGCAGAGGAGAAAAUGGCCCAUGAUCAGCAAGAACUUCUUGCAUUGGAAGACUUGCAGUAUAAGAGAGAUCAGGCUAUCCAAGCUCUCACCUUUGAGGUGCAGGCCUACAAGCACAGGAUAUUGAGUUUUGGGUUCACUGAUGCAGAGGUGGAGGGUGAGAAGAGUGCUCACGGUGUUGAAUCCCAAUUUGAAUUUCUCCCAUAUGACUACCCUCCUUUGAGAUGCAAUAUGAAUGAAACCCAAGGUCAUCCAGAUAUUGAGGAUGAUGUUGAUCUUGAAAAAUAUGCUUUUGGUGAAACUCCUCGACCUCUUGGUGAUACCCCUCGUACCCUGGAACAUUUGCAGAAUUUGGAGUACAGAAUCUAUCAAUUGGAGAGAAAUCCCAGCACCAAUCGUUUGGAUGGGGAAUUUUCUGGGUCUAGGAACAUUUUUGAGCAAGAGGUGGUUGGUCAGUCUCCAAGGCGACCUAGGCAUGCCAGGAGGUUCUCCACUGACAGUGUAGGUUCAUUCUCUGGUACAGUUAAAGAAACAAUUCAGUAUUCCGGGAUGGAAAGUCCAAAGCCUGCUCCCAGCUUAAAAAAGAUGAAUGAUUUUUCACAGACAGAGGAGUACUCUAAUUUGAGAAAGGUUGAUAAUGCAUCCGAUCUAGGAGAUGACAUGAAUGACAGAGUGUAUACCGUUGACUCUAUCCAUCAAGGAGUAUCUUAUAACAAUGGUGCAGAUCUCAAACCUGCUAUUGGAACCUUUGAAGAUUACGUGAACAAUCCAAUGGAUUCACUGAACCAGGCUGAUAUAGGGGAUCCUGAUAUCAAAAAGCUCUACAUGAGGCUUCAGGUACUUGAGGCAGAUAGGGAAUCAAUGAAGCAAGCAAUUAUUUCAAUGGGGACUGAUAAAGCACAACUAGUAUUACUGAAGGAAAUAGCUCAACAAUUGUGUAAAGAUAUGACACCCGAAAGAAGGAUACCUCCUGUGAAGAGGCCAUCUCUGGUUGGGAGUUUUUCCUUCAUGUCAGUACUGAAGUGGGUCACGUCCUUCGUAUUCUGGAGAAAAAAAGCAUGCCGAAGCAAGUAUAUGUUUGGAUUAUCGGCCGAAAACAUGGGCUUGCUGAUGCUUUUAGAUAAGGGCCCUCGCAUGAGGCCGUGGAGGUGUCUUACAAAUGUACGAGCAAGAACAUAGCUUGGAGGCUCAUACAUUCAUGAGCCAGAUCUGUGGAAUCUAUACUUAUCUCUGCCAUUAGUAGUGGACAUCAAACACGAUUUUACUUACAGGAUUGCACUCUCUUGUAGAUUCUGCAUGAUUCCAGAAUUGGAGGCUCGAUUAUUCUGUGCAGUCUUUGAUUUUGUAUGUCUCUUUUCUGGGUUGGGAGUGUUUUUGUUGGGAUUGAUGAGUAGUAAAUCAUGGAUAAAGUGUAGAUUUGGGUGUUUCUUUAAUCUGUACAAAUGUACUUCAAGGUAUGCAAUUUGUGUGAUAUCCUCCACUGUAUAUUACAAUUUCAUGAAACAAUUCUCAAUC